UUCAAUACGACGUCAUUUCGUCAUCAUAAAUUUUCACGGAUUAGGCCUAUUUCGCCAAGUUCUCUACCACUUACUCAUUUCCAUUACCAUUACUACUACCUCAUCAUCACUAACCAUGGCGAUUCUCGCCUUUCCUCUGGCCCUAACUUUCUUAAAACCACAAACAACUCAUUUCUUAAUCCUCCUCGCUUCAAAAGGAAACCCUAACCAUUUCAACAACUCCUAUUUUCAUACCUCUCGUCGUGGAUUGCGUAAAACUAGUGUUUCUGCUCUUACUACUUCUUCAGUAUCACAAUCUUCUUCUAAAGACACAAAAUCCCUAACAGGACCUUCUAUUCCUACUUUCCAACAAGCUAUUCAACGGUUACAGGAGUAUUGGGCUUCCGUUGGAUGCACCAUAAUGCAAUGUAGCAAUACAGAGGUCGGAGCAGGGACUAUGAAUCCCUUGACUUUCUUGAGAGUUUUGGGUCCAGAACCGUGGAAUGUUGCGUAUGCAGAGCCGAGUGUUAGGCCAGAUGAUAGUCGUUAUGGAGAGAAUCCAAAUAGACUCCAAAGACACACUCAAUUCCAGGUUAUAUUAAAGCCAGACCCGGGAAAUUCACAAGAUUUGUAUAUCAACAGCCUUCUUGCUUUAGGUAUUGAUGUCAAUGCACAUGAUAUACGCUUUGUGGAAGACAACUGGGAAAGUCCGGUUCUUGGUGCAUGGGGUCUGGGUUGGGAGGUUUGGAUGGAUGGAAUGGAGAUCACACAAUUCACCUACUUCCAGCAGGCUGGAAGUCUUCAGUUAUCGCCGGUAUCAGUGGAGAUAACGUAUGGCCUUGAACGUAUUAUAAUGUUACUCCAGGGGGUGGAUCAUUUCAAGAAAAUCAAAUACGCUGAUGGCAUUACAUAUGGAGAGCUCUUUUCCGAAAACGAAAAAGAAAUGAGUGCAUAUUAUUUAGAACAUGCUAGUGUUAAUCAAAUCCAGAAACACUUCGAAUUUUUUGAGGCAGAAGCUCGCUCCUUACUAUCACUUAAUCUUGCGAUACCAGCGUAUGAUCAGCUUCUGAAGACAUCUCAUGCCUUCAAUAUUUUGGAUGCUAGAGGCUUUGUUGGUGUUACUGAGCGAGCUCGAUAUUUUGGUCGCAUGCGAAGUUUAGCCCGUCAAUGUGCACAGCUUUGGGUGAAGACAAGAGAGUCUCUUGAGCAUCCCCUAGGCAUUGUUUCGGAGGCCAACAAUUUUAUUUGUUCCAAAGAUGUUAUUGAACUAGCUAAAGCAAAGGUGUCUGACGAUCCUCGAGUAUUUGUUCUUGAAAUUGGAACUGAAGAGAUGCCACCACACGAUGUGGUUGAUGCAAGCCAGCAGCUCAAAGAUCUAAUCAUCCAGUUGCUCGAAAAGCAAAGAUUGAGCCAUGGAGAAGUGUUUGCAUGCGGUACACCUCGCAGACUAGUUGUUCUUGUUGGGGAUCUGUGUUCUAAGCAGGUAGCUAAUGAGGUUGAAGUUCGAGGACCUCCAGUAGCAAAGGCAUAUGAUCAACAAGGAAAUCCCACCAAGGCUGCUGAAGGUUUUUGCCGUAAAAAUGGCGUGACAAUGGACUCACUAUUUAAGAAGACUGACGGCAAGACAGAAUAUGUUUAUGUUCGUGUGUUGGAGUCGGCACGACUAGCUUUAGAGGUUCUUGCUGAAGAUUUGCCUUCUGCUAUCGCUAAAAUAUCAUUUCCAAAGUCAAUGCGGUGGAGCACUCAGAUUAUGUUCAGUAGGCCCAUACGUUGGAUUUUGGCUCUCCAUGGAGAUGCUGCUGUCCCAUUUACUUUUGCUGGUGUGUUGAGCGGGAGCCUAUCUUACGGUCUUCGUAAUACUCCUUCCGCAACUAUUGAGGUUGAAAAAGCUGAGGCUUAUGUUAGUGCAAUGAAGAAUGCAGGGGUUGUGGUUGAGAUUGAGGAGCGCAAGAGAAAUAUCUUAGAACACUCUAUUUCUUUAGCGAAAAGUGUUGGUGGGCAUCUUAUCAUGCAAACCAGCUUAGUAGAAGAGGUUGUGAAUCUUGUCGAGGCACCUGUUCCAAUACUUGGAAAAUUCAACAAAUCUUUCCUAGAGCUUCCUAAAGAGCUGUUAAUAAUGGUUAUGCAGAAACACCAGAAGUAUUUUCCAGUGACAGAUAUCCAUGGGAGAUUACUGCCAUAUUUCAUUGCUGUGGCAAAUGGAGCAAUCAACGAGAGUGUUGUAAGAAAUGGGAAUGAAGCUGUACUAAGAGCUCGCUAUGAGGAUGCCAAAUUUUUCUAUGAGAUGGAUACAAAUAAAAAGUUUAAUGAGUUCCGUAAUCAGCUGAAAGGGAUUCUUUUUCAUGAGAAGCUGGGGACAAUGCUGGACAAGAUGAUGCGCGUCGAAAAAACUGUUGCUAAAUUAAGCUUUGCCAUGGGAAUAGAUAAAGACAGAAUCCCUGUUGUUCAGGAAGCUGCAUCACUAGCUAUGUCAGAUCUUGCAACUGCAGUUGUUACAGAGUUUACUUCUCUCUCUGGGACAAUGGCACGCCAUUACGCGUUAAGAGAUGGUUACUCAGAAGAGAUUGCAGAGGCAUUAUUUGAGAUGACACUGCCUAGAUUCACUGGAGAUAUACUUCCAAAAAGUGAUAUAGGCGUAGUCUUGGCCACUGCUGACAGAUUAGAUGGUCUUGUAGGUUUGUUUGGAGUCGGUUGUCAGCCUAGUGCUUCUAGUGACCCUUUUGGCUUGCGGAGAAUCUCAUAUGGUCUGGUACAAAUCUUGGUGGAAAAUGACAAGAACUUGGACUUAAAAAAUGCGUUAAGACUUGCUGCUGAAGUUCAGCCAAUACCAGUAGAUGGCAGCACGAUCGAUGAAGUGCACCAGUUCGUGACACGGAGACUUGAGCAAUUUUUGGUGGAUAAAGGUAUAAGUCCCGAAGUUGUUAGAUCUGUCCUUCUAGAGCGUGCAAAUUGGCCAUGCCUUGCUACGAAGUCGGCAGUUAAGAUGGAUAGCUUGUCGAAAGGCGAGCUACUAAGUAAAGUUGUUGAAGCAUAUUCUCGUCCCACUAGAAUCAUCCGCGGAAAAGACGUGGGCGCUGAUUUGGAGGUAAAUGAGGAUGCAUUCGAGACAAAUGAAGAGAGAGAAUUAUGGAGUGCUUUCUUGGAUGUAAAAACCAGAGUUCACCCUGGUGUUGAGGUUGAUGUUUUUGUCGAUUCAUCUUCACGACUGAUUCAGCCCCUCGAAAAUUUCUUCAACCAUGUCUUUGUCAUGGCGGAAGAUGAAAGAGUUAGAAAAAACAGGCUUGCAUUACUUAAGAAUGUCGCGGAUCUGCCCAAAGGGAUAGUAGACCUCUCAGUUAUGCCAGGCUUUUAGGGUUUGAAGAAUACCUGAUUAUUUCAUUUACAUUUUUUUCAUGUCGAGGAAAGAAAGUCAAAAGGUGAUUUUUAUUCACCGUCAUUGUUGGAGAAAAUAGGCCUAGUUUAUCGGUAUCCCAAUUUUCAUCAACUUUUGUACAUUGUUUAUUUAACAGCUGAAUGAAAGUAUAGUUAAUUUAUGUCGAUGUGUAGUGUUUGUUA